AUGGAGGAUGUCAGGGGCUACAACGGAGCUUACGAUCCCGCCGUCGAUCACCAGACGACGCCCCCCCCCAGGGAGCGCAGACCCAACGCCGAGGGGAGGCCGCCGUCGCCGCCGUCGCCGCCACCGUCAGGGUCAAAUGGUGGGUGGGCUUUGGGCGACCCGGACCUGCGGAGGAAGAGGAGGAUCGCCGGCUACAAGGGCUACGCCGUGGGGGGCAAGAUGAAGAGCUCCCUGAGGAAGAGCUUCAGGUGGAUCAAGAACCGGAUCCUCAUGCUGUAA